AAUACAUUUCGCUAUGAGUGAUGGUCCCUCAUGGAUUUAUUAUUAGCCCUGUGGUUAGGGCGCUCGGCAAUGUACACACAACCUCGGUUCGAGUCUCUCUCUGGCCCUAUGGUUUCUCCUCUCUUUCUCUCUUCUUCUGAACUUCCUCCCUUUGAAAAUGUAACCAAAAACUUGUCCUUUGAAAAUGUAAUUGAAAUACACUAUUGUAGUUGCGCAUCAGCGACAGUGUCGCCGCCACGGCACACAAACCCAUUUGAUUUAAUAAUAAAUAGACUGCUGUUACUCUACCAAUACAUUGAAAUGUUUCUCUUUUUUCGCUUUAAUUCAUUAAUUUAGUCUCUCUAAUUGUGCUAUAAUCGACAUUGACAAUCAACUAAUUUGAUAAGAUGAAAUUCUCGCAAGAUGCAAAUGGAUCUAAUAAGCUUCGAACAAGAACAUGAUAACACUGUGUCACCGAAAAAAGUUGAUUCCCCAAAUGGAUAUGGUGAAAUGCUUGAAGAUGAUCAGAUCUGUAAAAGUGAUAAUUUAAACUCUCAACCUUCACCAUCUCUAGUGGUUUCUUUUGAUGAUGCUUCAUCGUCUACAUCAGAUGCAACAGCUGUAGCUCCUACCCCAUCGUCAAGAUUAUCUGGUUAUUUUAAUAAAUUGGGUAUCAAAGGAGGAAUUCGUAAUUAUAAAAGAAGAUGGUUCACAUUCAAUGAUUCAACUGGCAAAUUGAUAUAUUAUCGUAAUCCUGGUGAAUUGACACCUUUAGAUGAAGUUGACAUUCGCAAAGCAACAUUUUCAUUACACCCGCAGUUCAAAGACUCUAGUUUCAUCAUAAAAAUUUCCAAUGAUAAACCCUUACUUUUGGAAACAAAUGACAGAUCGGUUGCCUUACUUUGGUUCGAUACUCUACAAGAAUUAAGAAAAAAAUAUAUAAUGGAUGAAGAUUUAAACUUAAAAGGUCAAAGUGGUGGACCAAAUGAAUUUUACAACAAAGAUAACAUUCCUUCAAAUGGUUCAAUUUUCUACGAUACUAAUGUAUUCGUUAGUAAUGAAAAAGAUCCUCCUGUGAGAGUGAAAAGUGAUUUAGAGCCACCCGAAACCAAACCACCUAAUCGUCUUUCUGUUUUUGGUCGGAUCAGAUCAAGAAGUACUUAUCUAGUAUCAGGGCGAAAGGAGUCAAACAAAUCUAAUGGAUGCAGCCAAUGUUCUGACUAUGAAAGUUCAAUUGUCAACUUAACUGAUGAUCUAAACGCCGUUGAAAACGAGCUUGAAGCUAGUCGAGAAGUGAUCAAAGUGUUACAAUUGCAAUUGGAAGCUACUGUCCGUGAAAAAGAAUCAUUAAUUGAAAUCUGCAAAAGUCACUCAAUAACAGACCAAAUGUUACAUACUCUGGCUCAAAGGGAGAAAGAAUUAACCCUCACCGAGUCUCGAUUUAGGCAAAGUGAGAAUAAAGUUGAAAAACUAACCGCUGAAUCUCAAAGGUUAAUCAAGGAAAGGGACGAUGCAAAGGAAGAAUUGAAUCUGAUGAGAGAAUUGAUUCAUGUUAAAGAUCAAACAGUGAUGUCGUUGACAAAUAAAAUUUAUGAUCUUGAAAAAGGGCGUAAAGAUGAGACUGCCAAUAACGAACGAAGCAAUAUUCGUAAAUUGGAACAAGAUGAAUUGGAAAGCUUAAAAGAUUCGGUUAACGCCUAUCAAUUACAAAAUAAGUGUCUUAACAAGGAAAUAAUUGCUCUCAAUGACAUAAGAAAGGUUUUAGAAAAGAAACAACAGGAAUUGCAACUAAAAUGUUAUGAUUGGGAAGCCCGCUGUUGUCAGAUACACAGUAAACUUCUUUCAUUACUCAAAGAGCUCAAGCAAACUAUGGAAAUGAGCGAAAACUCUGAAGAAAAUGAUCCUCAACAGCUGAUUUCUAGCAACCAAUCAAUUAAAACAUUAGUGACUCGUUUAUUAGAUGAAAACUCUCUAGAUAUACCAUUAAGUUGGAAACCCGGUAAUCGAAAGAGGAGUGAAGAGCAUACAUCAUCAAGUGCUGACAUGGAUUAUGAUGAACUUGGAUUUUCUUUGAAGCAAUCUGAUUGUGAAAUUGAAUUUAAUGAUAAACUAGCAGUUAAAAGUGAAGCACUCAACAAAAUGAAGAUGAAAAAUGAAGGCUCUGAACCUGCUGUUGCUCGUCAGCAAUUUGAAUGGAAAUAUAGAUGGGACUAUUUUAUUGGUAAUUUAGGAUCUAAUGAGCUACAAAAAAGUCUUGAGCUUAAAGUUUUACUCAGAACAGGUGUACCUCAAGAAUAUCGAUGUAAAAUAUGGCGAAUGUUGAUAAAUAUUCGUAUAAGAAACUUGAAAGAACGUCUUGGAACUAAUUAUUAUCAAAAUUUGUGUACAAAAUCAGCUGAGUGCAAAGUUAAUCCUGCAGCUAAACAGAUUGAGCUUGAUCUGUUGCGAACCUUACCAAACAACAAGCACUUCGAGAAUAUCAAAUCGCCUGGUAUUAUGAGAUUGAGACAAGUAUUGACUUGUUACAGUCUUCAUAGUCCUGCCGUUGGAUAUUGCCAAGGAAUGAAUCGCUUGGCAGCUGUUGCUUUGCUUUUUAUGCCAGAAGAAGAUGCGUUUUGGACUUUGGUUGCUAUAAUUGAAAAUAUUAUGCCACCUGAUUAUUUCACUGCUAAUCUUCUUGGUGCUCAUGUUGAUCAAUUUGUACUUCGUGAGCUUCUUAAUGAAAAGAUGCCCAAUCUUGGAGCUCAUCUUGAAAAACAUCACAUUGAACUUUCGCUUUUCAGUUGGUUUUUAACCUGCUUUGUUGAUAAUGUUCCAAGUAACAUUUAUCUUCGAAUAUGGGAUGUUUUCCUUUACGAAGGUAACAAAGUCCUGUUUCGAUUUGCUCUUGCAUUUUUAAAAUACCAUUCCACAGCCAUCUUAUCGAUGAACGAUUCACUCGUUAUUAAUCAAUACAUUAGAUUAAUUGGUUACCGAACUACUGAUGUUGAUCAUCUUUGUCACAUUGCAUUCAACCAACUCAAUCCUUUCAGAAUGCGUACAGUGAAAGCAAAAAGGUUACAUCACACUCAAAUGGUGACCAAUGAACUCAACAAACUGGAUUCUAUUCGGAAAACUCUUCCUGUCCAUGAAAAUAACGAUAACUCUGACAGUGAAUAAUACUGAGAUGAAUACUUCAAUAUAAUAAAUAAAUUAUUGUAAAAGAUCUACAUAAUUAUCGUAAAGCGUCAGAUUAUGACAAUGCAAGAAUCAAGCUUUACUAUGUACAGUCAUCAAUUUUUAGUCAUUUUGUUUGGAGGCCUUUUUUUGUUUAAUGUCCGACUCAAAAUCAACAGCAAAAUCAUCAAACUAUUCAAAAAUUAAUUUCAUUAAAUUUCGCAAUAAAGAAUUGAAUAAC